GUCUUGGUAAUGAGAAAUUUACGAUACAAGUGUUAGCCAAACAAGCAGAAGUUCGCAAAAGAAAAUAUUUGUGACAAAUGUCUACAUUGUUCCCUUCAAGAAAAGUUGCAAAAUGGGGACUUCACACGUAAUCGUGAACAAGUUCCUGGGAUCCUUUGGGGACGUCAUUAAUAUGAUGAUGGAUUUGGGCCUCCUUUCGUCUCAUGUGUUUUCGUAUUCUGUGGCGCAAGACAUGUCCAAUAUGCUUGUGGAAGAGAGACAUUUACAAGCGUAUGUUAAGUUCUUGGAAGAAGCCAAGAACAUGCUUAAUCACUUAAGCAAUCAAAUGCCCCACUGUAGGAAUAAAGAGGGGUUCGGUGAUUUGGUUCUUGGAUUUGAAAACCGACAAAACAUUGUAUCUGAUGGUAUCAGUGUAAAUGGCCCUUGUAACUCAAGUGUGAAGCCACAUGAGAAUUCUUUCUCUUCAUCUUGUGGAACUACAACCUAUUCCCAGAUGAAAAAUGCUCCCUCUCUUGAAGUACCAUUCAACUCUGCUACACAGCAGCCAUAUGGGAAUAUUAAUGAAUCUAGAUGCGAGAUUCCAUCAGGAAGAUUUUCUCCACUGAAUGAGGCCGAAUAUACUGCUGCUGAUACACUGUCUCAUAGCCGGCACUACAGUGUACCUGAUAAUAGCUCUUGUUUUGAUAUGUCUGCUUCAUCAGUAGCCCAUGAAAACUCUUUGUCAUCUCAUGGUGCCACAUUCAAUCUUCAAAGUCACAUGGCAGUGAACAGCCACUUCCAACCAAGCUGUGAAACAGCUUUUGAUGGGUCUGCAAAUCAAAUGAUGCGCUUCCGUUCAUGCAACGGUGACACAUCUCUGAAACAAUUUUCUUCAUCAGCAGAAUCUCAGAGUCAUGAAUCACAGUUUGUACCUCAUGACAAGAGCGAAGAUUUCACCUCAAAACCAAGUUGUGAAUUUGCCCAACCUAAUGAUACCAGGGAUUCACACCAUUAUACCUCUCCAAGAGGGCAUUUUUCUCCAACCUCAGAAUCAAACUGUGAUACUAUGUAUGCCUCACGAUGUGAAACAACUCAAGAUGCUCAUUUCAGCUGUGAUACAUCCUAUGAAACUUCUAACCAUUCAGGACAUGGGAUGCAUACUACAAACGUACCUUUCCAAACAUCAAGUGAGCAAGCUCUUAAUCCUCAUUACUCUCAUCCUACUAUCUCAACUGAAACAAGGUUUGAGGAUCCUAUUAAAAAUCAACACAGUUCUGCAUUUUCUAUGGUAAAUGUAAUGAAUACAAAUCAAUAUCCGCCUUGCCAAAGCGGCUCCGAAAAAACCCAAUUUAUUACAAAUGAGGAUGCGCAGACUAAAAUGCAUUAUCCAUCACGCAAUGACAUGUGCGACUCGUCAUUCACUCAGCUGAAUGGCAAUACAAGUUUUGUUGGGAUGAAUGAUGUUUCUUGUAACACCCAUAUAACGCCAAGACCAGUGAAUGAAAAUCGAUUCUCACAUGUAUGGAAUGGAUUAAGUGAUACUGAGGAAAGCUUUGAUCAAAGUUCUCCAGUGCCAGCCUCCAACCAGUCCCAGGAAAGCACAGAGUUUGGUGACUUGCAAAUGGCUUUUGUGAAUCAAGUUGACAAAGACAUCUCAAGUGCCGGUUUCAGAAGGAGUUCUGGAGAGAAAGAUGGUUUAGGCUCAUCUGGAGAAAGCAGCUUUUCAUUGCUGCUAGGAACAAAAGAUGUAAACAGUUCCUCUGAUGUAAACAAGAAAAAGCUAUCAGUUUUAGAGGGAAUCAAGCAGGAUGGAAAUAAAUGGAAGUGCACCAUAUGUGCCAGAUUCUUCAUAGCUCGUGUGAACAUUGAACGUCAUUUUAGGGUCCAGCAUUUAGGUGAAAAAGCCUUCCCUUGUAGUCUUUGUAACAAAGGAUUUUCUAGCAAAAUACGUUUGGAUGCUCAUCUUAUGCGACAACACAACUUAAAUUGUGAAUCAGCUAAUCCUUGUACUGUCUGCGGGAAACUGUUUAACACUAAAACAGCUCUGAAAACUCACAGCUUGACUCAUGUGGAUGAAAGUGAAAAACCGUUUGCUUGCAAUAUAUGUAACAAGAGGUUUUCACAAAAAGUUGUUUUAGAUACUCAUCUUGUUCGUCAUGAGGGGCCAGCAUCUUACAAAUUCCAGUGUAAAAUAUGCAACAACAGCUUUCCAACAAAGGCAAAACUGCAAUUUCAUUGGAAGAAGCACGAAAGCACACAAUUCCCCUGCAAAGAAUGCCCAAAGCAAUUUUCAAAUUUAUCUAUGUUGCAUGCUCACGAGGCAACCCAUAUUGACUAUGACAAACGUCCGUACCGAUGUACAAAAUGCCCAAAGACAUUUACAACCAAGCACAAAUUGCAUUUGCACAGUCAGACUCAUUUAACAGACGGCAAAUACCCUUGUUCUGAGUGCUCAGCUGUCUUUAAAUGUAGAGCAACCAUAGCUGCACAUUUCAGAAAAAAGCAUGACAAAACUGAAGGACAGGAGUGCUCUAAUUCUGAUGCUUCAUCUACCUUUUCUAUUACACAAGCUCCUCCUCAACUUGAUUCCUCUGAUAAAAUUGUUUCAAGUUCUCCUCUAUUUAAAUGCACAGUUUGUCCAAAAGAGUUUAACCGCAAGUUUAACUUACGUGAACAUAUGACCAACUGUCAUCAAGACAUGCCACCUCGAUUUUCCUGUGAACAUUGCUUAAAGCGAUUUAAAUCAAAAAAUAAACUAAGAUUACAUGUUGCAACUCACACAGAGGAACCAAACCUUGCUUGUCGAACCUGUGGUAAACGAUUCUAUCGCACAGACUUGCUUCGGACUCAUGAGGCCACUCAUACUGGAAAUAAACCUUUUUCUUGUGAAGUGUGUGCUAGAAGAUUUGCUACUCAGUCCAUGUUAAGAUCACACCAGGUCAUUCAUCAACCUCCUCCUGAGAUAGCAGCCCAGUUGCCCUGCCCAACAUGUGGUAAGAGAUUCAAAAACAAAAAGACUCUUUCCACGCAUGCAAAAUGUCACGCCGACCGCCAAUUCAAAUGUGGAACAUGUGGCAAACAGUUUGCUCGGAAGGUUCAUUAUGAUGGCCACAUGCGCACCCAUAGUGCAGACCGGCCUUAUUCCUGCACUGUGUGUAACCGAACAUAUAGAGAACGUAAACACAGAGCUGAUCAUAUGCGACGCGUGCAUCCUAAUGAAGUUCUUGGCGGUGGGGAAUUGACUUUGCAGAAAUUGAUAGAUUCCAUUACUACGGACGAUACUAUGGAUGGAUCUACUGGUGGGGGAGACUUUGAGCCAGAUGUAAACUCAGAUGCUCUUGCAUCUUUGACUGAGUUAUCCAACUCUGGUGUGGGCCAUCUGCUGGAAGACUCUUCUCAAAGAAAUGCUGAAUCUCAAGUUGAUGAAACCAGCCAAUCUCAGGGUAGCCAAUUGAAUUGUCAUUUUGGCUCCCAAUCUCAAAAUGUAACUCUUGAAUCCCAAGUGGACUGUGGUAAUUCGAGUGCUCAGGUUAAUCACAUGAAUCAAUCUUAUUCGUCUCAGACACAUGAAGUAGACCUCGACAACCAAGUCAAUCAUAUAGCAGAUUCAUUUACGACUCAGUCAGAAAGCCUUUCAAUUCUGCAAAAUCCAUUUCAUCAUUUGAAGGCUCCAACAAAUGACUCAAAUCCGUUCAGGUGUUCUGGUAACGGAGGUUUGAGUCCUUUGCCGGAGCUUUCGGAUCAUCUUCAAUCAAUGGGCGCUCAUACUUCUCUCCAUCCAGUGCUCCACGACCAUUUUUCUAAUAAUGAGGAUAAAAUUAUAAAACAGUUGUGAGAGCUCUUUGUGAUAUGGAACAUGCCUGCAUUGCUGUAUUUGAAAAUGCACUUCAGAUUAUUAAAUUUAUGUUUAAAAAAACA